UCGUUUGGUUCGCUCUGCUGUUGCCACUUUUCACCGCCCACGAGUACAACCACAACAAAGCUGCCAAAUACGAGGGCCGACGAGCCAAUAAAUUUAAAUAAUAUCCCCAUCACAACAAAGAAUAAACAGCAGCUUAACGAGACGACAAAAAGAGAGAAUCAAAUAAAAAAUAUUACCAAAGAAAUUGCAACUCGGUGGACAAACAAAUGCCGGCUAAAAAAAGUGUCAGAAUUUGUGAAAAUUAAUAUUUCACCAGAGAUUUGAGUGCUGGCAAAACAAACAAAAACAAAAAAAAACAGCACUGCCAACAGGACAAACUUUUCGUUUCGCCAAACUUUUAUUUCGUACACACGAUUUGCUCGCGAAAAUUAUGAAAAAUAUGUGAGAAAUGUGCAAAAUCCACGAAAAAAUUCUCGAGUCGGGGCGAAGAGCAUAGGUCAAGCCCUAUCCUCUAGUGUGAGAUAUAUAUUCUGGUCGGUCCCCGAAAUCCCCUGACGUUGCUCUUUCAGCCCAGAAAAACCCAGUGAACCGCCCACCGCCCAUCUAGUGCCAUGUGUAUGUGCAGAGGAAAAAGCAGUGCGAAUGUGUGUGAGAAGCCGUGUAACAUGCUAAAAUAAGUUAAUUUAUUGCCGGCACAACAAUCACAACAAAACGCAUACAAAGACAACAACUGCCGGCAGUCAUAACAUUUGCCUUGUUCACCAGUUACCCAAAGCUGUGUGUUUGCCUCUGAGUAAACCAUAUCUACAAAACUCAGAAAUAGGCCAAAUUCAAUUGACAUUUAUUGGCCAAUAUAUAUUUAUAAGGCCCGAACGGAAGGACGUAAAGCAAGAUCCAGAAAAGAAAAAUAGAAAAAGGAGAAAGGAAAAAACGUCCCCUACAGAAAAAUAGUAAAACUAUCUAUUUCAAUGCCGACGACGACUAUUCCGACGACCCAUCACAUGCAAAUGGCCAACAAGUGGAGGGCGAAGAAGGACUGCGGGUUCCAGGGGCAUGGAUAUGUAGCCCCAAGUGGGCGUGGUUGCGUCUGCUGGAUAUCCCUGAUGCUGCUCCUCAUCCUGGUGCCUGAUUUUAUUGUGGCACUCAAGGAUGUGUCGGUAAUGAUACCACAGGCGGUGAAACGUGGCAGCAACGCGCUGUUCACGUGUAAUUACGAUAUGGAAAACGAUACUCUAUAUUCGGUGAAAUGGUAUAAGGGCAAGCGAGAGUUUUAUCGCUAUACGCCCAAGGAGAAUCCAGCGAUGAAGGUCUUUGCCAUGACAAGUGGUCUCAAUGUCGAGCGCAACCUUUCGAAUCAGAGCCACGUCGUCCUGCAGUCGGUGCCGCUGAAUAUUUCGGGAAAAUUUACAUGCGAAAUAUCCGUGGAGGCGCCCACGUUUCAAACGGCCAUGGUGUCCGGCGAAAUGGAGGUGGUUGAGCUGCCGGAACAGCACACUGUGGUUACCGGGAUACAGGCACGCUAUCGCAUCGGCGAUUUGGUCGACGGCAAUUGCUCAAUUAAAUACUCGAAACCGGCUGCUAAUUUGACAUGGACUAUUAAUGGUAUUGUGGUGCCGCCACAUCACAUAAAGACUUAUCAAAAGGAGAAGCGGGAGAACAGCACCCUGGAAUCGGUGACGAGUGCCAUACAUUUCAUGGUCACCAAUCAGCAUUUCCUCAAGAGCCAGAUGAGGCUCAAGUGCACGGCCAAUAUCUUUGACAUCUUCAAGGAGGAAAUGGAGAGUGUCAUCGAGGAGGACCGGCCCAGGAUAAUGGCCUCAGGCAGAUCGUAUGACAUCAACAAUUAUCCCCUCGAGGAAAACCCGAACGGCGAGCGGGGCGGCUACGAGGAUCACAACGAGUCCUAUUUGACUUACUACUCGGCGGAUAACACGGCAUCGGGCGCCUCGACAGCUGCACAUGAAAUCUUUUGGCGAUUCUGGCCAUUGCAGCUGGCAAAGCUAAAGCUUCCCGUCAACAGGCAGUUGGCGGGGGCGUGGCACUGGAUCUGCGGGGGCGGCGGAGCGGCGGCUGCCCUUCUGCUCUCGGCUUUUCCGCUGCUCCUAGGGCCGCUGUCCCAUCAAAUUAUCAACUGUCAAUACACAAAGCUGGCGACUGGCAAGGUGCAACAGCAGCAACACCAGCAACAGCAACUCCAUAGCAGCAACAUCGAUGUGACAGCUUCAAAAGCGGCAGCAUCCGCAUCCACAUCCGCACCGAGCGUCAAAUGCUUUUAUAAUUGUCAAAUGGCUAUGGCGAUGCCAACUCAAAAUCGCGACGAUGAUGAUGAUGGCGAUGCGAAUAUUGGCAGCACAAGUGCAAAUGCAGCAGCAACUGCUGAUGCUGCAGAUGUUGCUGCUGCUGGAGAAGUUGCAAGUUGCAGCAUUAAGCGGCUGUCAGCGACACUUGUGGGGGGCGGCGAGGGUGCAGGGGGCGUGGCCAGUUGGCCGGAUCAACGAUUAUUGAUGACUCGGCGGCGGCAAAAGCGGCAAAAGUGGCAAAAGAAAUCGCAGGCGAUGGAUGCGAUGAUGCAGUCGCGUUGGAGCGCGUGCUGAUGCCGAAUUGAUGAUGAAAUCCAUUUCCGAAAGUAGCUUAAGGUGCUCGCCACCGUGCAAAAAUGAAAGAAACAGAAAAAGAAACCCAGAAAAGCGGCCCUUUUCCCAUUUCCCCUCCGAAUUGUUGAAGGGCAUAAUUAAUAUACAUUCGUACUCAUAUUGAUUGCAUGAGCCAGCUGCAUAAAUCGAUCUGGUCGUAGCUCGUAAGUGUUAUACGCAUAAGGUCAGGGAGAGCGCAAAGGGGGCUCGUAUUUAAUUAUGGAAAGUAUGGCCCGCAAGUAGAUAUGAAAUCGAUGAAUAAUAACAGGAAAUAAUUUAAUGUUAAGUGGGGUAAAAGUAAGACAUAUGGUGAAACCAAUGGAAUAGCUAGCACCCUGUACGUUGCAAUCGCAAAAGUUUUCUUUGAUUUGUAUUUUUUACUCUUCAAAAAAUAUAUUAAAAUAUUUCUUAGCACCUCCAUUUAUUUUCAGAAACUUUCUUUAAGUAUCCACAAUAAUUUAGUCAACACAAAUUUUCUGACAAUAAUAUUCCUUAUCAGAAGUUUUGUUCCACCUUUUACUGUCGAUUGUAAAAAUCACAACAACACAAGAGCUAAAGGGAAUCCGCUCAAUGAGAGCAGCAUCAAUAAACAGUUAAAGAAAUACACAAAAUGCACAGUUAAUUUGUGGAUUUGCGUACAGGGUGAAAAAAUGAAAGCCGAAAAAUACUUCAAAUGCUUGUCAUGUACUUUAAUCUCCUUGAGUUGUAUAUCAAGCAUUUAGCAUAUUCACCAAACAAAAAAAAAGAUUUAGGAAAUGUGCACAGUGUACAGCAAGCUGAACUUUAGACUGCACUUGAGCUUAGCUUUCGGGUACCGUAGUGCAUUUUAAAGUGGGUUUUUCAAAGCUUAAACAUUGUAAACAACUCGAUGUAAAAGGAAAAACUAAUGAUUUAUCUUCCCCUCGGCAUAAAG